GGAUAAUGUGCUGACUGGCGCUAUGGGCAGGCGAUACCCAGGGGCUCACUGUCGUCAAAGCAAUUCAUAUUUCAAAUUAGAAUCCCUUUCCUGAUCCAUUGCUGAAGCCCAGUGAUCCAUGUCAGAAGUACUUACAGUGGACUCCGGUGUGGACACCUUGGCGGCGUUUAUGGCAAGCAGCAGCACAACGGACAUUGUGAAUCGGAACGGUCCCGCCACGCCACCCAACACCCUUCUCCUGCGCUCCUCCCACAACGAACUGCUGAAUGCCGAAAUCAGGCACACAGAAGUCAAGAACAACACCCCUCCGAAAUGCAGGAAAAAAUACGCGCUGACCAACAUUCAGACAGCCAUGGGCCUCUCUGACCCCGCUGCGCAGCCCCUCCUGGGCAACAGUUCCUCCAACAUAAAGCUGGUGAAGAACGGAGAAAACCAGCUGAGGAAAGCAGCAGAGCAGGGGCAGCAGGAUCCGAACAAAAACCUGCCUUCUCCAACAACCACUGCAGGCGUAAACGUAACUUCUGAGAAGUUGGAGGGGAAAGAACCAAACCAGCAGGAUUCUUCAGGCAGUGAGAUACUGCCCGCCCAGCGCCGGAGAACCAAAAGCUUCCUAAAUUACUAUGCAGAUCUGGAGACAUCAGCACGGGACGUUGAUCAUAAUUACGGGAACAGCCAAGGGGCAGGGGAGGAGAAGUUCUCCUCUCAAUUCAACGGUCAGGCAUCGACCCUGAUUGUUAAUGGGGAUGCCUUGCCUCGGAAGCAAAACCAGCCGACGAGUCCAGAAGACGGACAGGUAGCCACCGUAUCAUCGAGUCCGGAGACGAAAAAGGACCACCCUAAAACAGGUGCCAAAACAGAUUGUGCUCUGCACAGGAUUCAGAACUUGGCGCCAAGCGACGAAGACUCGAGCUGGACGACGUUGUCGCAGGACAGCGCUUCUCCGAGUUCACCUGAUGAAACAGCAGAUAUAUGGAGUGACCAGUCAUUUCAAACAGACCCCGACUUACCACCUGGCUGGAAAAAAAUCAACGAUAUAGCUGGGAUUUAUUACUGGCACAUACCAACAGGAACAACCCAGUGGGAACGUCCUGUGUCAAUACCAGGAGAUCUUCCAGGAUCAAGAAAAGGGUCACUUAGCUCUAUCACCCCAUCUCCUACUCCAGAAACUGAGAAACAGCCAUGGAGUGAUUUUGCUGUACUGAAUGGGGGAAAGAUUAAUAGUGACAUUUGGAAGGAUCUUCAUGCGGCCACAGUGAACCCAGAUCCCAGCUUAAAGGAGUUUGAAGGAGCAACAUUGCGCUAUGCCUCUUUGAAGCUCAGAAAUGCCUCACAGUGUGAUGAAGAUGAUUCCUGUAGCAUCAACAGUGAUCCAGAAGCUAAGUGCUUUGCCGUUCGGUCUCUGGGAUGGGUAGAAAUGGCCGAGGAAGACCUGGCCCCCGGAAAAAGCAGCGUUGCUGUGAACAACUGUAUCCGGCAGCUCUCCUACUGCAAAAAUGAUAUACGAGACACAGUUGGCAUCUGGGGAGAGGGAAAAGACAUGUACCUUAUCCUGGAGAAUGACAUGCUAAAUUUGGUUGACCCCAUGGAUCGCAGUAUUCUUCAUUCUCAACCCAUCGUAAGCAUCCGUGUCUGGGGAGUAGGCCGUGACAAUGGCCGAGACUUUGCCUAUGUGGCGAGAGACAAAGACACGCGGAUUUUGAAAUGCCACGUCUUUCGAUGUGACACACCAGCAAAAGCCAUUGCCACAAGUCUGCACGAAAUCUGUUCUAAGAUUAUGGCUGAACGGAAGAACGCCAAAGCCGUCGCUUGCAGCUCAUUGCCUGAGCGGACGAAUGCCACCCUUGAUGUGCCCUUGCAAGUAGAUUUCCCAACACCAAAGACUGAGCUGGUGCAGAAGUUCCAUGUACAGUACUUGGGCAUGGUUCCAGUCACUAAGCCAGUGGGUAUGGACACCCUGAACAGUGCUAUCGAAAGCCUUAUAGAUUCCUCCAGCAGAGAGGACUGGAUGCCAGUCACCAUGAACGUCGCUGAUGCUACCGUGACAGUCAUCAGUGAAGGAAAUGAAGAGGAAGUUGUCGUGGAGUGUCGCGUACGCUUCUUGUCCUUUAUGGGAGUGGGGAAAGAUGUCCAUACCUUUGCCUUCAUCAUGGAUACCGGGAACCAACAUUUUGAGUGCCACGUUUUCUGGUGUGAGCCCAAUGCAGGCAACGUAUCGGAGGCGGUUCAGGCUGCUUGUAUGCUACGGUAUCAGAAAUGCUUGGUCGCCAGACCUCCUUCGCAGAAAGUCCGGCCGCCGCCACCUCCUGCAGACUCAGUGACCAGAAGAGUAACAAGUAACGUAAAACGAGGAGUACUGUCCCUCAUUGACACUUUGAAACAGAAACGCCCCGUUACUGACACGCCAUAGCCGCCGCCCAGGAAAACCCAGAUUUCUCAGAACGCCUAGUGGAAAAUGCAGUAGCUACACUAAAGAAGAUGAACUGAUUUUUAUUUUGGCCUUCCAGUUUAAAUGGGUGAUGCUUUGUCUUCAGAGAGUUUACCCUUAUCGAAAUAAUAUUAGACAAGCAUGUUCUCUUGUUCUUGACACCAUCAUGUGAUAUGAAAAGAAGCAUGAAUAAUAUUUUUUUUUUGCUGUGAGUUACCAUGAGAAGCAGAAGGUCUGUUUUCCAGCUGUAAAUAUUAUGAACGUUUCUGAAAUUCACGCAUACACAGGAAAGGGACACGGCACAUCACUCCUAACAAAUGAAUCUUAACAUCCAGGGAGAGAAGCCAUGCCCAAACCAAUGCUCUCACCGCCCCUCUGAACUGGAUUUUGGCACAAGCAAUUCUUAGAUCCUACAGCACCUUAUCCCCAUUUUCAACACUGGAGUACAUACCAAGUAUUAGUGUAGGUUUAAAUUUUUUUUUACUAUGCUCUGCUCAGUAACCAAUUUUCCAUACUGUCUACCAGAGUCACCACUUGUCGUCUUUUGUCCGAAAGUCUCCUUAAAGGUGGCAGAUCUUCUACACAGGCGGUUCUUUUUGCGUGAAAGAAUGUGUAAGUAGUGUAGAAUCAUAAUGCGCGUCUGUUUUUCUGCAUGUAGCUGCCCAGCCCAUGUGCAUCCUAAGAGAUGCGUGUUCAGUGCUCAGAGGAUACCUACACACAGCUUGCGCGGAAGGGCUCCCUCUGUAGGAAACCAUGUUCAAAGCAGCCCGAACAGACUCGAAGAGAGAUUUCUUUCAGUGCCAAACUCAAUAUCUGAAGGAUUUGGUCAUAGAUCCAGAGGCGUUAGCCAUGUUGUUAGUCUGUUGCUGCAAAAUAGUCAAAAGCCCAG